GCAGCCGAGGGAGCCCGAGUCAGACCGAGGGUGAACCGGAGUGGGGAACCAACUUGCAGCGCGCCGAAGAAACUCCCUCUGUUCCCCCAGACCCACCGAAUGGUUUGGCGGACGGUAGCCAGGGACACCGCGGCGCUGGGAGCUUUGCGACAAGGAGACACACCGUACGUGGAGAUAGAGACAGAGAUGGCCGUAGUGCAGCAAAGUAACGCGUUUCACCUCCUCGCCGCGUCGCUAUCCUAGGCUACCUGCGAUCCACGACCGCAAACUUUUUUAUCCGCGUCGCGCUGCUCCGCCGCCGUCUACCGCGGAAAGUGUGUUCCUCCCCUCCUGCCUCCGCGUCCGUAUACGCUUUGCAACCACCUCCAGGGAGUUACACAUGUUUUAAUCGUCUUAAGUUUCUCGGGAACAUCCGAGGUAGCCCGUGAGACCGGCGGAGGAGGCACCAGUGCUUGGCGGUCCUACCUCCACGCAGGCGCUCCCCGGUGGAUCCCCUUCCAGUCCGUCUCCCGUCGUUUGUUGAGCAGCUGUCCGGUGUCUCAUCACCACCAUGGAACUAUCCGCACUACACGCAAACCGCAGAGAAACACGGCGGCAGAGGACGGCUCACUCCCCGGCGACCCGCAGGACAAUGCCGGCCAUGGGCGCGCUGUACGCGGUGGGCAUCGUCUUGUUCCAAGCUCUGUCCACGGCCACCGCCGCGAUCCAGUUCACCAAGGAGCCCAAGUCCCAGGAUGCAUUGCACGGCCGCAGUGCCAUGCUCCGCUGCGAGGUCAGCGACCCGGCCGACGUCGCCUACCGCUGGCUGCACGACGGCCAGCCCCUGCAGAGCAGCGAGCGGCGUUUCCAGGAGACCAGCAACCUCAAGUUCACCGCCGUGGACCGCCUGCUGGAUGCCGGCAACUUCGAGUGCGUGGUGGAGAACACGGCCUCGGGCGAGUCGCUCCAUUCCACCAACGCCUCCUUCAACAUCAAGUGGCUGGAGAGCGGCGGGGUGACCCUGAAGGAGCCGGCGUCGGAGGCGGACAUCGAGAGCUCGGCGCCGGUCACGCUGCGCUGCCACAUCGACGGACACCCGCGGCCGACGUGCCAGUGGUUCCGUGACGGCGUGCGUCUGGCGGAGAAGAGCCACCAGAUCAACAACAAGGAGCGGACGCUCACGCUUCCCAGCGCUAGCCCCGACCACAACGGCCUCUACUACUGCUGCGCCAAGAACGCCGCCGGCCACGUCUGCAGCAGCACCAACUUCACGCUCACCAUCAUAGACAAGAGCUUCCCGCGGGCGGUGGUCACACCUGAGGACCAGGUGGUGAUGAAGAACGAGGAGGCGUCCUUCCACUGCCAGUUCAGCGCCGAGCCGCCCCCCACCCUCCAGUGGUUCCACCUGGGCGAGCCGCUGGCCAACAAGUCCCGGGUGAUCCUGUAUGACAACGGCACGCUGGUCAUCACCCAGGUGAAGCCCAGGAACACCGGUGUGUACAAGUGUGUUGGGGUCAGCGCCCAGGGGCCCCGAGGGCCCCAGGUCGCUCUGGAGGCCUCUCUCCACAUCGCAGAGCUGGAUGACAUGGUGCCGCGGCUGUCCCAGGUGUUCACGGCGGACAGCAUGCAGCGGGUGGCGUGCCGCGCCCCCCGGGGCCAGCCGCCCCCCGAGGUGUGGUGGGAGCGGGCCGGCCAGCUGGUGGCCUCGGAGGGCCGGGUGUACCAGGACGGCCUGGACCUGGUGUUCAGCCCCACGGAGCAGGGCGACUCGGGCGUCUACACCUGCGUGGCCCAGAACAAGGCGGGCCGCAAGACCCAGGAGGUCACCUUCACCGUGGCCACUGCCCCCGUGUGGGUGAAGAAGCCCGCCGAAAGCAGCCUGGAGGAGGGGAAGCCCGGCUACUUGCACUGCCACGCCCAGGCUAACCCAGAGCCUGUGGUCAUCUGGAUGCGCAACAGCAUGAUGAUCUCCCCCGACGAUGGCCGCUACAAGCUGUUCCCCAACGGCACCCUGCGGAUCAACAACGUGGAGGUGUACGACGGCCAGGUGUACGCCUGUGAGACCAAGACGGACGCCGGGAGACUCGUCGGCCAGGCCAGGGUCUGGGUCCUGGAGAAGCUGAAGUUCACCCCGACACCGCAGACCGCCCAGUGCCUGGAGCUCGACAAGGAGGUGGUCAUCCAGUGUUCUGCCACCGGCCGCAGCAACCCCACCAUCCGCUGGACCAAAGCAGACGGAGGAGACCUCCCGCCCCACGUGGAGUCGCGCUACGGCCAGCUGGUCUUCACCAAGGUGACCCGCAGCGACGCCGGCAACUACACCUGCAUCGCCUCCAACGACCAGCAGGGGGAGAUCCGCGCGCUCGUGGCCCUCAGUGUGGCAGUGUUCAUCCACUUCAAGCUGGAGCCUGAGAACACCACGGUGUACCAGGGCCAUACCGCCACCCUGCACUGCCAGGCCACCGGGGACCCAGAGCCACACGUCCAGUGGUUCGUCAAAGAGAACCUUCUGGAGACCAUCAAGGACCCCAGGUUCCAGAUGAUGCCCAACGGCUCGCUGGUCAUCCAUGACGUGAGGACGGACGACACGGGGCGCUACAGCUGCGUGGUCGGGAACAGCUGCAACAUCAAGGACCGCAUGGCCCAGCUCUACGUCGUGGAGAAACCGAUCCACUCGUCGGAACACGAUGACAAGGCGCCCUACAAGUUGAUCCAGACCAUCGGGUGGUCGGUGGGGGCGGCGGUGGCCUACAUCAUCAUCGUCCUGGGCCUCAUGUUCUACUGCAAGAAGAGACGCAACGCCAAGAGGCUCCAGAAGGGGACGGACGGGGAGGAGCCCGAGAUGGAGUGCCUCAAUGGUGGCGCCGUGCAGCAGAACGGCCACACCACGACGGAGAUCCAGGAGGAGGUGGCACUCACCAACAUGGGCUCAACGGCGCCCGGCGACAAACGCCACAGCCACGUGAGCAGCGACAAGCUGCAGGUCCCCCGGGCAAACCUGAACACCAUCACCACCCUGGGUAAAGGGGAGUUUGGCGAGGUGCUGCUGGCCAAGGCGCGGGCGGAGGGCAGCGAGGAGGAGUCGGUGGUGCUGGUGAAGAGCCUGCAGAGCCGCGAGGAGCAGCUGCAGCUGGACUUCCGCCGCGAGGCCGACAUGUUCGCCAAGCUCAGCCACGCCAACGUGGCGCGCCUGCUGGGCGUGUGCCGCGAGGCGGAGCCCCACUACACCGUCAUGGAGUACUGCGACCUGGGAGACUUGAAGCAGUUCCUGAGAAUAUCCAAAAGCAAAGACGACAAAGUCAAAUCACAUCCCCUCAGCACCAAGACCAAAGUGUCCAUCUGUGCCCAGGUGGCUCGCGGCAUGGAGCACCUGUCCAACCACCGCUUCGUGCACAAGGACCUGGCCGCCCGCAACUGCCUGGUCAGCAGCCAGCGCCACGUCAAGGUGUCCGCCCUCGGGCUCAGCAAGGACGUCUAUAACAGCGAGUACUACCACUACCGGCAGGCCUGGAUCCCGCUGCGCUGGCUGCCCCAAGAGUCUGUGUUUGAGGACGACUUCUCAACCAAGUCCGACGUGUGGGCCUUCGGCGUGCUGAUGUGGGAGGUGUUCAGCCUCGGAGAGCUGCCCUACACCAAAAUGGCCGACGACGAAGUGCUGGAAGGUCUGCAGGGCAUGAAGCUGAAGCUUCCCGUCCCCGAGGGCUGCCCCUCCAAGAUCUCCAAGCUGAUGGCACGCUGCUGGGCCCCCAGCCUCAAGGAGCGGCCCUCCUUCACCGACAUCGUCCACGCCCUGGGAGACCUGCCCUCGGACAGCAAGGUCUGAGCAGGGGGAGGGGGAGGGAGACUGGAGACCCUCCGUAGACGCCUAGGCCCACCCCACCCACCCGACACUCGCACCCCCGAAACAACAACAACAACACAGAUGCUGGAUUAUUAGUCACACAUUUCAGGGAUGGGCAUCUAGGAGCGAACUCUUGGCCGUUGUUUUUAUAUUAUUAUUAUUAUCCUCAUCAUCACCGUUGUGUGUUUUUCGUAUGUAUUUUUUCACAACGCGGGGUGUGUGUGGACUGCAGUGGAAGACGUUUGGCUCGACCCUUGGAAACGACCCGUGCUUUGUAGUGGGUCAUGCAGGAGCGACGUUGGUCAUGAGCCGUGUGAACGAGGAACCACCCCUUCCCCCCCCUUUUUGCCUUAACCACAGCAUGUAGAGCGCUCUACAGCCCCAGAGCCCCACACUCUUUGGUCCCUAUGGACAACCUGCCCUCCCCCCCCCCCCAUCACCCCCACCACCGCCUCCCUAAGGAUGGUUCUGUCCAAGAGACUCUGCGACGCGGCAUGCAAGAGUACCUGUGCCUCCGCUCUGACCUGCGACCUCUCACUGCUGUUUUAGAAACCGUUGAUUAUAAGGCCACGGGGUCGGAUGAUAGCCAUCACUUGUUUUGAUUUUUGGAUGGCCGGCUGUGUAAGGGCGGUCACUCCCUGCACUCGGCCUUCUCAGGAUACCGCAGAGGGGAAGGAACUCAUGAGUGUAAAAUGGAUGGAGAUAGAGUGCGGUUUAUACUGGCUUUCUUCCGGACAACUUCCUUCACAACUUCCUGUGACUGUAAACACAAUAACUAACCAUGACCUGUUUGUCCAGCAGGGGGCACUGUUCUGUGUUAUGUGUGUGUGUGUGUGUGUGUGUGUGUGUGUGUGUGUGUGUGUGUGUGUGUGUGUGUGUCCUGUGUCCGUGUGUGUCCGUGUGUGUGUUGUCGUAAACAAAACUUAACAGACAAUGUUCCGAUCCUCAAUCAGGAAAUUAAAAUCACGUCUAUUAGCCAAGUAAGACCCUGAGAGGAUGAGAGAGUGUGUCAGUGUUUGUGUCACCUUAAUCGGAUUAAGGUGCUUUGUGGCGGCGACUUAGGAGUAGUGUUGCCCAUUGAGCUCAUGCGUCACGUUAUCACUUGCUGCAGGGCAAACGCAGACUAUCAACGCUAUAGUCCCCAUCCUGGUCCAACAGCGAUUCCCUACACUGCGAUCUGGACUAUAUCGUCGUGCAAUGUUGCAGAGUGGACCAUCCCCAUCGGAGAUGUGUGCAUAACGUAGAAGCCAUGCACUAACUUCACUUAAAAAAAGCAAAAGAAUUGCCCUGUUUAUCUCUUUCAUUUUGUAUGCGUAGGACACGGUGCCUGUUUAUUUAUAAUGAAGGACCGGUCUUUUUCUUUUUGUAUUGUGUGUUUAUAAUAGAAAAAGGUACUCUUGGACACUUGUUAGCGUAGUCAUGCUAUGUAUUCAGUAUCGUGUUCCAUCGGGUUUGGGGGAGAGUUAGAUAACCGGCUAAAACAUGUUAACACAUAGAACCGAGGUCCAGAGAGUGACUGCUGGCUGUCAGUAUUCAUGUUAAGUGCCUGGUAAAUGAAGGAUUAUCUUACCUGUUUUCCAUGCGCGUCUGACUUUUUUCAGUAUCUAAUCAAAUGCAACGAAUGGCCUUCUCUUUUCUGUUUAUAAACUAUUGGUUUUUUUUAUACUUUUUAAUGUAAGUUUGUUUAUUUUUUUAAUAUGAACACUAGGCACUCACACCUAGACCUCUUUUUUUAAUCCGCUUCAGCAAAUGUUUCACAGUAAUCCUGUUAUAGACGGUCUGCUGUCAAUAAAGGUUCACAGUGUUUUUAAACCA